GUAGAGACAAGGUCUUGCUAAGUUUGCUAAGUUGCCCGAGCUGGUCUUGAGCUCCUGGCCUAAAGCAAUCAGGAGGCCUCAGCCAUCCAGAGUUUUAGGAUUACAGGAAGCUAUUUUGCCAGCCACUUUAUUAUGGGAGGAGAGAAGUUUGACUCAGCUCAUCCUGAAGGUUACCUGUUUGGAGAGAACAGCGAUCUGAACUUUCUGGGGAACAGACCAGUUGCGUUCCCUUACGCCGCCCCACCUCCCCAAGAACCUGUGAAGACUCUGAGAAGCCUGGUCAAUAUCCGAAAGGACACGCUGAGGCUCGUCAAAUGUGCUGAGGAAGUGAAGAGCCCUGGAGAAGAGGCCAGCAAAGCUAAAGUCCACUACAAUGUUGAGUUCACCUUUGACACAGAUGCUCGGGUAGCCAUCACCAUCUAUUACCAGGCCACGGAAGAGUUCCAGAAUGGUAUUGCCAGCUACAUUCCCAAAGACAACAGCCUCCAGUCGGAGACUGUGCACUACAAGCGAGGAGUGUGUCAGCAGUUCUGCCUGCCCUCCCACACCGUGGAUCCCUCCGAGUGGGCCGAAGAGGAGCUUGGCUUUGAUCUGGACAGAGAAGUUUACCCUCUAGUGGUACAUGCCGUGGUGGAUGAAGGAGACGAGUAUUUUGGCCAUUGCCAUAUACUGCUGGGUACUUUUGAGAAGCACACAGAUGGAACUUUCUGUGUCAAGCCCCUCAAACAGAAACAAGUAGUAGACGGGGUCAGCUACCUCCUUCAGGAGAUCUAUGGAAUUGAAAACAAGUACAACACACAAGAUUGUAAGGUGGCUGAAGACGAAGUGAGUGAUAACAGUGCCGAGUGUGUGGUGUGUCUCUCGGAUGUCCGGGACACCUUGAUUCUGCCCUGUCGCCACCUCUGCCUCUGUAACACCUGUGCAGACACCCUGCGCUACCAGGCCAACAACUGCCCCAUCUGCCGACUGCCCUUCCGGGCACUGCUUCAGAUCCGAGCCAUGAGGAAAAAAUUGGGCCCUUUGUCCCCAACCAGCUUUAACCCCAUCAUCUCAUCCCAGACAUCUGAUUCUGAAGAGCAUUCAUCCUCAGAGAAUAUUCCACCAGGCUAUGAAGUAGUAUCUCUUCUGGAGGCCCUCAACGGGCCCCUCACCCCGUCUCCAGCAGUUCCUCCACUUCACGUGCUUGGAGAUGGCCACCUCUCAGGAAUGCUCCCUUCGUAUGGCAGUGAUGGCCACCUGCCCCCCGUCAGGACGAUCUCGCCUCUUGACCGCCUGUCUGACUGCAGCAGCCAGGGACUCAAACUCAAAAAGAGUCUCUCCAAAUCCAUUUCCCAAAACUCUUCCGUGCUGCAUGAAGAGGAAGAUGAGCGUUCCUGCAGUGAGUCGGAGACACAGCUCUCUCAGAGACCAUCAGCUCAGCAUCUUGGAGAGGAAUGUGGUGUGACUCCAGAAAGUGAGAAUCUCACCUUGUCGUCAUCUGGAGCUAUUGACCAGUCGUCUUGUACAGGGACGCCUCUGUCGUCCACUAUUUCCUCCCCAGAAGGCCCUGCCAGCAGCAGCUUGGCCCAGUCUGUCAUGUCCAUGGCAUCCUCCCAGAUCAGCACCGACACCGUCUCCUCCAUGUCUGGCUCCUACGUCGCCCCUGGCACUGAAGAGGAGGGAGAGGCUCUCCCUUCCCCCCAGUCUGCCAGCAGAGCCCCCUCGGAAGAAGGAGAGGGGCUGCCAGCGGAGUCUCCAGACAGCAACUUUGCUGGCCUCCCAGCUGGAGAGCAGGAUGCAGAGGGAAAUGAUGUUAUGGAGGAAGAGGAUGGAUCACCCACGCAGGAGGAUGGCCAGAGGACGUGCGCAUUUCUAGGUAUGGAGUGUGACAAUAACAAUGACUUUGACAUCGCAAGCGUGAAAGCACUGGACAAUAAGCUGUGCUCUGAGGUCUGCUUACCUGCCGCAGCUCCGGAGUCCUGCCCCAUAAACAUUGAGGAAUAGGUAUGAGAUCUACCAAAUUAUAUGAAUGAACAAACAGCUCAUUUUAUUUUGGGUUCCUCACUUUAAAGGCAAUAUUAAUAUUGCCUUAUAUUCAUCCUGCCACACUUAGACACAUAGUGCCACCAUUAGAGGUGAAUAAAACAGCUUGACUCAUGUCCCAGGCUCCAGUACCCACUCCCAGGGAGUAAAGAUCCCAAAUUCAGUUUGGAUGUGAGAGAGAUCCAAGACUCUCCUGUUCUCACUGUUCCCCUGGGGUCAAGCACCAGAGACUGUUACUGGAGCCUGAGGUGGAUUAGCACACCAAGGCAUUGAUGGAAAUAAGCCAUGUAUACCUGCUGACUGCACGUGCCAUUAAAGGGUUUCAUGUCCUGGGCUGGCCUGAGGCUGACUCUGGACACUUGUGAGUGGCCUCUCUCAACCUCACGGCCACACUCUACAGUUGGUCGGCCUCAUCCACUGAACAGGUCCUCCUGUGGGUCAGGUGUUGUGCUGGGCUCUGGACUGCAACAGUGAAGAAGUCACAACCCCUGCCCAGGAGGAGCUUCGUCCCAUGGAGGAGCUCCGGGACCUAGCGUUUUCCACCGUGUGAGGCAUGCGUGGAGCAGUUCAGGCUGCACGGAGUACUUAGGAGCACACUGUGCCUUACCCUGCCAGAGGUGCCGUAUGAGGGGAGGGCACAGGGAGACAUGCUUGGGAGGCCCACAGGGUCUGGAGGACAACAUGCCUUCCCUACCCCAGGGAGCCAGGGGGCCCUGAGAGCGGAGGCAGCCAAGGCCCAAGGCAGGAGCGCUCUAGCCUCACCGGAGGGAAGGCACUGGAGGGAGUGAGCUCAUCUGUGGGCGGGAGAUGAAGAGGACUCUCAGGGGAGAGGCGAGAUGGCCUGGAGGAGCCUGAGCACAGGCUGUUCUAGGAGUCAGAUACUCACCAACACUCGCGUUCUCUCGUCUAGUCCUCACGGCAAGCCUGUGAGGUCAGUACUCAUCUCCCAUCUGAUGGGUGAGAAAACCAAGGCCCACAGUAAAUUGAUGUGCCCCAGAUCACACCGUUGUAAACUGGGAGUGGAGCCCAGGUUAGUGUGACUGCAGAUGGAGUCACAACACCGCUAGGAAGUGAGCCCACAGGAGGUUGUGGAGGAUUGGAUCCAGAACACGGAAGAGAAGCACCAAGAAUGGGUUUCCAGAUGGGCACUGGCGCUCCUCACGUGGGGACAACAGCAGAUUUGGGGAGAGGAUGCGUUCAGUGGUGGCAUCUGUGGAACCCCGAGGCUCUCGGGCUGGUGUCUGCUGGGCUGAUGGCACCAGCUAGUAGCAAACCUCAACAGCUGUGUAGGUGCAGGAGGAGAGGAAAACGGCAGGUGAUGGGGGCUGGAGCCUCACACUGUCCUCCCUCCGGGCAGCCUUCCAUCCCAGAAACCCUGCUGGGUGGCCAGUCCUUUCCCGCCCCCCGGGGCCCCCACAGAAAACAUUAACACUUCAGGCCAGAACGAACAGUCUUCUCACUUCCCCCCACCUCUUCCUGCCCAAUUUCCUUUUCCUCUCUAUUGUAACAUAUAGGCAAACUUUAAAACCAAGUAAUUAAAAUAUGAAAGUGGAUCCCAGGGUAAGUUCACAAAACAAGGAACAUCUUUCAUGUCCCUCCCUGUCUGGGAGCCACAGUGGCAGUGACUGUACCUAGCCCAGGGGGCAGGAGCAGCCUCUGCACCUGUAAGUACCUGCUUCUCUCCCUUCUCACGCACGAGUGCUGUGGCUCGCACCCUCAUCGGAGUCUCAGGUGACACGCAUCCUGCUCCUUCCGUGCUGACUCCUGGGCUGCCCUGCUGGAGACACCAUCUGGAUCUGGCCAAAGGUCUGGCUCCUGUAAUGUUCAUUUUCUGUUCCCAGGUGCCUGGCAGGCUGAUGACAAUGCUGUCAGUCGGAAUGCCCAGCGCCGGCGCUUGUCAUCCAGCAGCCUGGAGGACUCUGAGACGAGGCCCUGUGUGUGGGGCCCCUUGGCUGUCUGAGCCCCAGCCUCUGCACUUGGGCUCC